CCUACCACCUGUUAGGCCCUUGAAAAUUGGGGUAUACUUUCGCGCUUGACACAAAUAGAUGAGACAUGUUCCUCUUCUGGCUGCGUUAAAAAUAACAGAGUGAUAUACACAAAGUGUUUGCCAGCCUCCGCCGCCGAUAAAAUCUCCAGCGAAACGAAUUGGGAGUCCGUGACACAGUUGACAGCCAGAUAUAAAAAACAGAGCACUACGUGGCCAGGCACGAAGGCAUCAUUAAAUCAGCAUCCGCAGCUAUCCAAAAUCGCAAUCAGCCGUGGGAGUGGGACAUCUCUUAUCAGCCAGGCGCAUAAAACUGGGUCCGGUUAAAGCUCUUCCGUCAGGACGACGACGAACGGGCACCCGAUUGUGAGCCGAAGAGGUUCGGGUGGUGCGACGGCGGAUGAAGAGUCCUGUGGCAUCUAAGGCACAACUGGGAUAGCUGGCUCUAGGCUGCCUGCCUGCCAGUCAGUCAUUUGACAUUGCUCCUGCGAGAAGGUUGUCCACGCUCCGAGCCCAAAUCCUCCGUCGCCCCCAUCGCGUCCGCAAGUCUGCCAUAGUGUAUGUGUUUUCUGUGCUCCCCACUCCCAUUUCUGGGAUACAUAUAGAAGAGUGCCACCGCCACCAUACCAUACUGUACCAUACCAUACCAUACCAUACCGAAAAUCCCCUCGUGGAGCUGUGAAAAAUUAAACAAGUGUUACCUAAGCCCAAACCGAACAAAAACCAAACCAAACAGAAAACACACAGAAAGGAAUCAGCAGUUGAAGGUUGCGGCAAGAUGGCCCAGUUUGUGACCCACAUCCAGCCCACGCUGAUGGAGGCGUCCCAAGGUCAUGUGCCCCACCACCACGGACAUCAGGUGGGUGUGCCGCACUCGUCGCAUCUGCCCCACUCUGGGCACAACAUGCCCUCGCCGCCCACCCACAACCACCACCACGGUGGCCAUGGACAUGGUCACCAGCUCCACACCAGCGGUGCUCAUCAUGGAUCAGCCGGUGGCCAUUCGCAUCCGACGCAAAAGCAGUCGCACCACUCAACCACCGGUCACGCUCCCAAGACGCAGCACCACAGCCCGCCCUCGAGGGUGCACUCACCGCCGGCGGAGCACCAUGCGGAUCAUGUGGGCCACUACGAGUACUUCCAGCAUCAGCAUGAGCAGAUCUUCCACCACGAAGGAGCCAAUGGAAGCGCCAGCCACAAGCAGCAAGCCCACCACCAUCCCAACAAGCACGAGCACUGCCCCACAGGACACCAGAGCGCGGGCGAUGGAAACACUUCCUUCCUGCGUGCAGCUCGCGCCGGAAAUCUGGAGCGAGUGCUCGAGCAUUUGAAGAACAACAUUGACAUUAACACCAGCAAUGCGAACGGUCUAAACGCCCUCCAUCUGGCCUCCAAGGAUGGCCACAUUCACGUCGUCUCGGAGCUGCUGCGUCGUGGGGCGAUUGUGGACAGUGCCACCAAGAAGGGCAACACCGCUCUCCACAUCGCCUCGCUGGCCGGACAGGAGGAGGUGGUGAAGCUGCUGCUGGAGCACAAUGCCUCCGUAAAUGUGCAAUCCCAGAACGGAUUCACACCCCUCUACAUGGCCGCCCAGGAGAACCACGAUGCGGUGGUGCGUCUGCUUCUGUCCAACGGCGCCAACCAGAGUCUGGCCACCGAGGAUGGCUUCACUCCGCUGGCAGUGGCCAUGCAGCAGGGACACGACAAAGUGGUGGCCGUGCUCCUCGAGAGCGACACCCGGGGAAAGGUUAGACUUCCAGCACUGCACAUUGCCGCCAAAAAGGACGAUGUCAAGGCUGCCACUCUGCUCCUGGAUAAUGACCACAAUCCGGACGUAACUUCCAAGUCGGGUUUCACCCCGCUGCACAUCGCUUCUCAUUAUGGCAACCAGAACAUCGCCAACCUGCUCAUCCAGAAGGGCGCCGAUGUGAACUACUCGGCGAAGCACAACAUCAGUCCACUGCACGUGGCCGCCAAGUGGGGCAAGACCAAUAUGGUGUCCCUGCUGCUGGAGAAGGGUGGUAACAUCGAGGCGAAGACCCGGGACGGACUCACUCCGCUCCAUUGUGCCGCUCGUUCGGGUCACGAGCAGGUGGUGGACAUGCUGCUCGAGCGGGGAGCUCCCAUCAGCGCCAAGACCAAAAACGGAUUGGCACCCCUCCAUAUGGCCGCCCAGGGUGAGCAUGUGGAUGCCGCCCGCAUCCUGUUGUACCAUCGUGCUCCCGUCGACGAGGUAACCGUGGAUUACCUGACCGCCCUUCAUGUGGCCGCCCACUGUGGUCACGUGAGAGUGGCCAAACUUCUCCUGGACCGGAAUGCGGACGCCAAUGCAAGGGCCUUGAAUGGAUUCACUCCGCUGCACAUUGCCUGCAAGAAGAACCGCUUGAAGGUGGUGGAGCUGCUCCUGCGGCAUGGGGCCAGCAUAAGUGCCACCACGGAGAGUGGGCUUACUCCGCUCCACGUGGCCGCCUUCAUGGGCUGCAUGAACAUCGUCAUCUAUCUGCUACAGCACGAUGCCAGUCCCGAUGUGCCCACUGUGCGCGGUGAGACACCACUCCAUCUGGCCGCCAGAGCCAACCAGACCGACAUCAUUCGCAUCCUGCUGCGCAAUGGCGCCCAGGUGGACGCCCGUGCCCGCGAGCAGCAGACGCCGCUGCACAUCGCCUCGCGGUUGGGAAACGUGGACAUCGUGAUGCUGCUGCUGCAGCAUGGCGCCCAGGUGGACGCCACCACCAAGGACAUGUACACGGCACUCCAUAUCGCCGCCAAGGAGGGCCAGGACGAGGUGGCCGCUGUGCUAAUUGAGAACGGCGCCGCCUUGGAUGCCGCCACCAAGAAGGGAUUCACUCCUCUGCACUUGACGGCCAAAUACGGACACAUCAAGGUGGCCCAGUUGCUGCUCCAAAAGGAGGCGGACGUGGACGCCCAGGGCAAGAAUGGAGUCACCCCGUUGCAUGUGGCCUGUCACUACAACAACCAGCAGGUGGCGUUGUUGCUCCUGGAGAAGGGAGCCAGUCCACAUGCCACGGCCAAGAACGGACACACACCACUCCACAUUGCGGCCAGGAAGAACCAGAUGGACAUAGCCACCACCCUGUUGGAAUAUGGCGCUCUGGCCAAUGCCGAGAGCAAGGCCGGAUUCACGCCCCUCCAUUUGAGCAGCCAGGAGGGCCAUGCCGAGAUCUCCAAUCUGCUGAUCGAGCACAAGGCCGCCGUCAACCAUCCGGCCAAGAAUGGCCUAACACCCAUGCACCUGUGUGCCCAGGAGGACAACGUGAAUGUGGCCGAGAUCCUGGAGAAGAAUGGCGCCAACAUCGACAUGGCCACCAAGGCCGGCUACACGCCCUUGCAUGUGGCCUCGCACUUUGGACAGGCCAACAUGGUGCGCUUCUUGCUGCAGAACGGAGCCAAUGUGGAUGCGGCCACCUCGAUUGGGUACACACCGCUGCAUCAGACCGCCCAGCAGGGUCAUUGCCACAUUGUGAACCUCCUGCUGGAGCACAAGGCCAAUGCCAAUGCCCAGACGGUCAAUGGGCAGACACCGUUGCACAUUGCCCGCAAGUUGGGCUACAUCAGUGUCCUGGACUCGCUCAAGACCAUCACCAAGGAGGACGAGGCCGCCACGGCUCCGGCCCAAACCGAGGAGAAGUACCGCGUGGUGGCUCCAGAGGCCAUGCACGAGUCAUUCAUGUCCGACUCCGAGGAAGAGGGCGGCGAAGACAAUAUGCUAUCAGACCAACCAUACCGCUAUUUGACCGUUGAUGAAAUGAAAUCCCUAGGCGACGACUCGCUCCCGAUCGAUGUGACCCGCGAUGAGCGCAUGGACUCCAACCGGAUGACCCAGAGCACCGAGUAUGCCUCUGGAGUGCCGCCGACCAUCGGCGAGGAGGUGAUCAGUCCGCACAAGGCCCAGGUCUACGGCAGUUCGCCCAAGGCCACCGUGGAUGGGGUGUACAUUGCCAAUGGAUCUGGACACGAUGAGCCGCCGCAUGUGGGUCGCAAACUGAGCUGGAAGAGCUUCCUGGUGUCCUUCCUGGUCGAUGCCCGUGGAGGAGCCAUGCGUGGCUGUCGGCACAGUGGCGUCCGGAUGAUCAUUCCCUCCCGAUCCACCUGUCAGCCAACUAGGGUCACCUGUCGCUAUGUGAAACCGCAGCGCACCAUGCAUCCCCCUCAACUGAUGGAGGGCGAGGCUCUGGCCAGUCGUGUCCUGGAACUGGGCCCUUGCUCCACCAAGUUCAUUGGGCCGGUGGUCAUGGAGGUGCCACAUUUCGCCUCGCUGCGUGGCAAGGAGCGCGAGAUCAUUAUCCUGCGCUCGGACAACGGUGAAACAUGGCGGGAGCACACCAUCGAUAACUCCGAGGAGAUUAUCCACGAUGUCCUGCAGCAGUGUUUCGAGCCAGAGGAAAUUACCCAACUGGAGGAGCAGGCUGGCAACCAUGUCUGUCGCUUUGUCACCUACGACUUCCCUCAGUACUUCGCCGUGGUAUCGCGUAUACGCCAGGAGGUACAUGCCAUUGGGCCCGAGGGCGGCAUGGUGUCCAGCACAGUGGUGCCACAGGUGCAGGCCGUCUUCCCACAGGGAGCCCUCACCAAGAAGAUCAAAGUUGGCUUACAGGCCCAGCCGGUGGAUCCCGAUCUCACCGCCAAGCUUCUGGGGCGCGGCGUGGCCGUAUCGCCCAUUGUUACGGUCGAGCCACGUCGCCGUAAAUUCCACAAGGCCAUCACCCUCAGCAUGCCCGCCCCCAAGGCUCACAGCCAGGGGAUGAUCAAUCAGUACUCGGGCAACACGCCCACCCUGCGACUGCUCUGCUCGAUUACAGGUGGACCAUCCCGUGCUCAAUGGGAGGAUGUUACCGGUUCCACGCCCCUGACUUUUGUCAACGACUGUGUCUCCUUUACGACUACUGUAUCUGCUCGUUUCUGGCUGAUGGAUUGUCGCAAUAUUUCGGACGCCACCAAAAUGGCCACCGAGCUGUACAAGGAAGUAAUUCACGUGCCGUUCAUUGCCAAGUUUGUGGUGUUCGCCAAGAAGAUCGAACCUUUUGAGGCCCGUCUCCGCGUCUUCUGCAUGACCGACGAUCGCGAGGAUAAAACACUCGAGAAGCACGAGCUCUACACGGAAGUGGCCAAGAGCCGCGAUGUGGAGGUCCUUGAGGGCAAGCCGCAGUACAUCGAAAUGGCCGGCAACCUGGUACCCGUUACAAAAUCGGGCGACCAGUUGCAGCUGCAAUUCAAGGCCUUCCGAGAGAACCGCCUGCCCUUCACUGUGCGAGUCAAAGACCAGCAUGCUGAUAUAGUGGGGCGCACACUGUUCAUGAAAGAGCCGAAGGUGGCCAAGGGCGAGCCCCCGCAACAGCCCAUUUGCAUCCUGAACAUCGUACUUCCGGAGGCUGUAAUUCCGGACUCAACUACAGCUUUCUCGGACCGUGUCACCUCCGCCUACAGGACCUCAAUGUUCAGUUUGAGCAAACAUCAAAAUGACCAUUACAUUGGGGACAUCCGCAUCGUUGAUCUCUCAAACCUGUUGGGUAAAGAUUGGAUUCAGCUGGCCCCUGAAAUUGGCAUUAAUGCGGAGGAAAUUGACGAGAUUAUUAACCAGAACACCGACAGUAUUGCCAGGCAGGCGCAGAGCAUGAUCCGCCUGUAUAAGGACAAGCCCAACUACGAUAUCCUGUCACUGGAAACGGCUCUUAAGGACAUAGGACGAGACGAUAUUAUGAAAAAGUGCAAGAGUGGACGACUAUCCCAUUCACGGGAGUUUGACGAAACGGAUAUCAUGAAAAACUCGGAAUCCGUGGAGGAGCUGGUUCGCAAAGAAAGCAAGCGAAUCCAGCAAAUCAACGAACGCGAGGAAGUCAAAUACUCUGCCGAGGAGAAGGAAGUCGAGGAAUCCGAAUCCGAUGAGGAAGCUGCUAAGCGAACAGUGGCCGAGCGCCGUGAGAAGAUUGUCAAACGACUGUCCGUAGAGCGAUCCAUCCCUGCCUCGACGCAAAAGAGAGAGAUAAACCGCGAAAUAACCGAAAUCAAGCGGAAGAGUCUUAUCGAGGACAAAAAGGCACAUCACGAGUCCGAGAUACUGAUGCAACUGCCCGCCGACAAUGUGAUCAUCAAGACAACUACAGUACCAGAUCAAGUCAUCAAGAUGAAGAUGGGCAAGAUGGACUCAACCGAAGUCAGCAAGAGCGAGUUCGACAAGGAACUGACGCACAAGUUCAAGACAUCCGGCCGCAGCUCGGAGGAGGAAGACCAGCCAUCAUCUCCAGACCAGACCGAUAAAAUUGUCCAGGACAUCAGUGCUGCCGAAAAGAAGGAGAAAGAUGGAGUCACCUUCAGUCGGGUGACCACCAUAACCCGCCAAGAAGCUCGUGACAUCACAGAGGAUUUCCUGGAGAUCGAGAAGCGCAGCCAACUCCCUGCUACUUCCACCACCGCAACAGUUCACGAGAAGUUUGUUGAAGAGGUCAAGGAAAAGACCAGUCCCCUGGCUUCAAUGCCUCAGGAAACAGUAAAAGAGGUCCAGCAAGUUAUCAGCGAGGUGACCGAAAUCGCCAGCAAGAAGGUUGAGAACAUUAUAAGCACCUUCGAGACCAGUAAACCAGUGAAACCUACAGCAACCUUGCCCACUCAGGCGUCUGUCGAAUCAACAAGGGUCAGCGAUACAAUUAAGCACCUGGAGGAUACCAAGACAGUGACCCAGGAGCAAUCGAAAUCUGUCCAAAUCAUUGAAAGCUCAAGUAUAGAGGAGACAAUUGCCGAAUUCGAAGCCAAGAAGGUCAAGUAUGACUUCCAUGGUGGAGAGCCCAAGACCCAGAUCCCUAAGUUUACACGCAAGCCGAGCGAGGACUCGAUGAAACCUACCGCAGCUCCACGUGCUACAGUUGAGUUCGACAUUGAUUCGGCGGCUGAGACCAAAUCUGAGAAACCUGUCUCAAAGAUACCAGUCAAGACAACACCAGCCGAAGCUCAAAAGAUUGGUGAAGUGGAUGCUAGGAAAAUGACUCAAGACUUCCUGCAGGGCGAAAAACUGGCUGCCGAACCAAAGGCCGCCCCAGCAGCCAGUAAGAUUCCCAAAGUGGAGCCGAGAAAAUCAGUAGAUAAGCAAGAGUUAAAGAUCUUGGAUGAUGUUAUCGCCUCUACAGCUACCAUUAUGACAGCAGGUCUGGGAACUGAACAGCUAAAGGACAAGCCCGUGGAACACCCAGAAAUGAUUGCUAAGGCUGAGACUCUCACCGAAAAGGUCUCCGAGCUGAUUGACACAUUCCACAAGAUCGAGGAGAAGGUCACGAAGUCAGAGAAAACGUCGGAAAUUUCCAGCAAAGUUGAUGAGUUAGUCAAGAUUGAAGAUAAGUCCAUAUCUCAUGUUCAACCAAAGGAGGAUAUAGUGGCGGAAAAGGUGGCCGAGGAAGUUGAAACAUUCCACAAGAUCGAAGAGCAAAUCACAACCGCCGAGGCCCGCAAGCUCACCCACGAUUUCCUCAGCAUGGAGCAGCAAAGCCAAUUACCGACCAUUUCGCAGACCGCUGAGAAGCUCCUUGAAUCCAGUUUGACAUCCACAAGUGCAUCGGAACCGGAUUCACUAGUCACUGUGAAAUCCUCACCGCCAGCCAGUAGGAUACCUGUGGUGGAGCCCAGGAAAACCCUAAUAGAAGAAACUAAAAAGCCUCUGACUGAGCCUGUACAGGCCACCGAAAAGAAACCCCUGAAUGAGCGACAAUUAACCGCUGAUAUCUUGAGCAUGGAACAGCAAACUCAGCUCGUAUCCGAACCUGCAAAGAACCUGGUUGAGGAAGUGACAAAGACAGCCGAACGACUGGUGGAACAGCCUAAAGAGCAAAAACCACGGAACGAGCGUCAGCUCACUGAAGAUUUCCUAAACAUGGAAAAGCAGACGCAGCUGCCUUCAAAGGUAAUUGGCAGUGAGUCCAAGCUAAAAGAAGAGCUGAUUGAUGGCAUUGAGUCAGCGGCCCCAGUUGGGGAUGCAUCACCUUUCCACACACCCAAGCUGACCACCACUGUGGUAGCUGAAGAGCACCAACAUCUGAUAAAUGAAUAUGACAGUGACACCUUUGGCAAGCAAGCCACCGCUCCACAAACAGAUUUAAUCAAAGAGGAGGGACUAAUUGCUCCAGUGUCCGCGGAACCACGGAAGUCGCUGACGGAUGCUGAGUUCUGCAAAUCGGUGGGCGAAACGAUCACCAAGAAGAUGAGCGUGGGCGUAAUUGAAAUAUCUGAUGAGCUCAAGAAAAUAGAGAGCGAAAUCCCACAUUCCCAGACUCCUCCACCAACACCGAGUGACACCAAAACCGACAAGCAGAGCGAGGAGCCCGAACUAAUCAGUUUGGAACGUGAUUACCUGGCCGACUCUGUGACCACACUGCAUACGACCACAGAGUCCACUUUUGAACGCGUCUCUGCCAUUACCAAAAUUGAAACCCUACAGGAAAAAAAAGUAGAACUACCCACUCUGGACACAGCAAAUAUCUCGAAGGAAAUAAGUGAUGUUAAAGUUGGUGGUGGUGAUGAUGAUGGUGAUGGCGAUGGAGAAGAUCUAGUGGCACGCAUUCGCGAGGAAGCCAAUAUUCUGGUGGAUCGCGUGCUCGAAGAGAGUGUCGAGAUCAUUGAGAGUCACGGCCACCAGGCCAAUGGCCAUGAGAUCGCUAAGUUGGAUUACAACUCAGAAAGUGAGAAUUAUGCCAUCACAUGCGACGACAUCGGCGGCGUCGAUGUUAUCAAAUCGCCCACCAUUGAGUCCAUGUCGGGCAAGUCGUUUGACGACAACAUGAGCUUCACCGACGAGCACAUACAUUUACCUAUGCAUGCCCAGAACACGACCACCACCAUGACAACGACAGUUACCACUCAGUUUCAACAGCAGCAGUCCCAGGUCCAGCUACCCCAAACCAUUUCCCAGGCUGCUGGCACAAGUACAUCAGCGGCAAAAGAUCCAGUUCUAGUACUCGAUUCCGUAGCCGUACCUGUUCAAGUAGAGAGUAGUCGAGAUCAGGCCGAAGACGAGAGUGAGACGCGAGCAAGGCGCAUCGAUCGAAAGAUUGAUAAACUAUCCACGGACAUGGACGAUGUGAGUGCCCAGUUCGAUGAGGCGUUUGAGAUGUCUGUGCCAGAGGACGAAAUCAGUGCGUUGCAGGGCGACUUUUCCAAGCUUAGUUGGGAUGACAGUGUCCCCACGACCAACACCAUGGCCGAUAUGGCCCAAAACCAAAUAACGCCCGACAACGAUAUUCAAGAUCUCAUCGCAGAAACAAGCGGCGAUUUACCAAUCUCAAGUGAAACCGAAACCACUCCCGUACCACCGUCGGCAGUUGUGGCCAGCACCACAGCGUACGAAUCAGAAACCAACACCGGAACUGAGCCGACGGUAGAUACCAAUGCAUUCACUACCACCAGCCACGAUACACCCACACCAAAACCACGAGUACUCAAAGCAAGCUCCCCAGUAUCCGAAGGCACUGAUAGCACUACCAUUCCUGGCCCAGUGCCGAAACCCGAAAUACCGAUCGAUAUUAGUUUUGAUUCCGCCGCACCGGUUCCAAAGCCACGUGCUCCCAUUAAGCACACGGAACCGUUCGAAAACCUGGCUGCCCUAGCUGAGCAGUCCGAUAGUAUAAGUCUGAGGAGCUUUGAAUUUACGGAGGAUCUUUCGAAGACGGAUGAACCGUCCACAGAGCUCUCUAUCCGUUCCCAGCUCCGUGACAUAGUCACAACCACUACCACUGCUUCGGAGGAUCACACCGAGAGCUUUGAGCCAACGAGUGAGAUUUCCGUAGAUGAUGCCGACACUGAAAAAUCUGAGGGCGUUGAAAAGGCCACUAGUUUUUACAUUGGGGAAUCCAGUCGCAAUGUUAUUAUCAAGACCUCGACAAGAUCAGCAAGUGUUACACCGCAAGAUGAGGAAGCCCAAGGCGAAAUAGGAAUCGAUGCCAAGGAUGUUUCUUUAAUGAAGGAGAUAUCCGUCGACUCAGACGAAGCCAACGAUGUUUUCAAGGAGUUUGUCACAAUGAAGCCGGACGAUCAUGCUUCAGUAGAUAGCAAAAUAACCAGACAAGGUUCGGAAACUAGAAAUGACAUUCUCGAAUUUGAGAAUGCCGAUAAAGACAAGGCAGGAGAACCGAAGCUCUCCAAAGUAACCACGGAGGAAAGCUUGACCACGUCCACCGGUUCCAGUGGUCGAGCCAUUAUAGAAAUUGCUCCUUCAAGCAGUGAAGAUCCUGAUGAGUCCAGCAAGGAAAUCCCGGAAAUAGUAAAUACAAUCUCUGAAAAGACGGCCUCGACCGAUCGUUUUGAAUUGCCCUUAGAAAAAAGUGAAUGGGAAACAUCGGAGAAAGAAAUUCCAACUUCGGGCAAGCCAAAAGUAGUGCACUCACCACAGCAACCACAAGAGACCGACAUAAAGACUUCGACGGAUUCGACAGUCGUAGGGGAGACUCUGGCUGAAAAGCAGGAAGCUGAGGAAUUGCCAGGAGAGAGGAAGAGCUUGAAGGACCACGAAGAACUACUGGAGGAGUCCUUAUCGGACUUUGGAUUCAAAAGCUUGCCCCAAGGUUUCACUACAGCUGUUGAGAGCGAAGAUAUAUCUUCCUUUAUAGGCAUACCCGAUGAAAGCAUGCAAACUUCUACGUUGGAUAGCACACAGCCUCCAGAAGGUCUAUUCGACACCACAAUCAAGGAGACCCUCAACAAGCAAGCAGCAAUGGCUCACUAUGCACAGGAUGUGUUUGGGAGGGGGGAAACGCGUGAUGACCAUGGUUCACUAGGUUUCAUUUCCACAGGCACAGCCGAAGAGUUAAGUUCCAUGGAAGAACACAUGGCAAAGGAGGAGCAAGCCUCCCUCGGCUUUAUCUCCACCGAAACCGCCGAGGACUUUAGCUCUAUGGAAGAUUACUACUCCGAGAAACUAGCUAUUGCCAGUGUGAUUGCAGAUGAAGCUGCCACAGACAAAUCAAUCACAACUAGCACUUUUGAGGAGCUUUCGUCGGAUCAGCCGAUGAAACCCAUCGAUGUGGUGGUUCAUCGCCUGAAGACUGAGUCCUCACCGGACUCAAUCAACCGUUGGUCAAUCCCCGAUGUAGACACAUCAAGCUCCAGCGAGAGCUUCCACAAGAGCUUCGACAAGACUCAGAGUCGUCCCCUGUCCUCUGAUUUGGAAAACCUUGUGACUGCAACUGGCACGGGUACCUCAAGUGAGUAUCAAACCGCACGGGAAUUUACCACCACUGGACGCACUGAGGGAACCGAAUAUAUUAGUGCCGUCAGUACCCUUGGCAGCAGUAGUUUGGAUUCUCAUUCGGAAACUUCAGCCAAUUUGGCUAGUAUUGACGUUUCCGAAUUGUCGGAAACAUUGGUGGCCUCUUCUGCCGAAGCGGAUUUGUUCGAGGCAGAUGAGAUGUCGCGGCUGCGAGAUCUCCGAGCUGAUGACGAGGACAGCGAUGAGAGCCUCGAACUGCCAGGAAGUGCUUAUCCAACUAGUGAACAACAAAGCCUCAUGAAGCGCUCCCAGGAAAUGAUUUUCAAGCCCAAGGUUGAGGAAGAGGAGCCACUGCCUGUUGAGGCCGUGCAAAUCGAGGAAUACCCAAAGCCCAAGGAGGCGGAGCGCACCUGGGGAUUGGCCUAUCCCCUGGAGGAUAGCAAGGUGGACAGCCCGCGGGAAAGUGAGAAAGGCGAGGACAUCCUAUUGUAUCACGGAGACCCACGACGAUCCAUUGACGAAUCUAAAUUGGCUUCAAGCUUAGACGAAGGCAGCAUCCUCUCCGUUAGCAUGUCGAGCACAUCCAACAUUGAUACUGUUGUAGAGAACUUUGAUGAUAUUAUUGGAUCUGCGGGAUCUUCUUCGCUGACCGGCAUCGAAGGUUUUCAGUAUGGGCAUGAUGAGUCGGUUCCAUCUGCCUCCGUGCCAGAAGACGCAACCUUUAUGCUGGAAAUGGAAAGCAAGGAACAUUCGCCUCAGGAUUCUAAUGCAAGUACACCUCCAGGGGGAGAGUCAAAACGCCGAGGCCACAAGCGAAAUGAGAGCAUUUCGGGAGAAGCGUUGAAGAACCUGGACAAGGAGGUGGCACUACUGGGCGAGGGUAAGGAAUCUGAAAGCGAGUCAGACACGGAUCCCUACGAAUCGGAAUAUGCCCGCCAGUUCCGUUCUCCUAAAGAACGGAAGAGCAAAAAGAAAAAGCAGGCGGCAGCCGAAAUGGAUCACAGUGGCGAGCUGGAGAAGCGUCCAUUUACCCCUUCCCAGCUGGUAGCUGAAAUAAUCGUAGAGGACAGUGCCACAGAAGAGCUGGAGGCAGAAGCAGCCAUGAUCGAGGAACGUCGCCCGUCCCAGAACAUGCAGGACUACUCAAAUAUACCCGACAUAAUGGUUACUGAAGACAUCAAGUCUCCGAUUUUGGAGGAGGAGAGCGACGAUUUCCCCGAAAAGAUGCUGUACAAGGUACGCACCGAAGAGGAGCUUCACAAAGCAAGCGAUACCUCCACUUACCAGAAGGCCAAAGCCGAGGAGAAAGAGCAGGACUUUCAGCGAAGAGUGCAGGAACAGUACCGACAAAAGCUGGAGGAACUGAAAAGGGCUGAAGUUGGAGCCGAAUACGAUGAUCGCAAGGCGCCUGACUCCCCAGACUCCUUUGAAAUGGUCGAGCAACCCGACAUCUCUGAUGAGUUCGUGAUCAUCGAAGAAGUGGCCAAGGAGGCAAACGAAGUGGAUCUUGGCGGCCAGAGCAUCAAGAUUAAGCCAACUAAGUACGAGCAGAAACACGAUGAGGAUGUUGAGAAGAUCAUCAUCAAAUCGGCGCCUGCGGAUCCCAAGCUAGGAUCGCAGCUCUACAAGGACGAUCUGAACUUCGAGUUCGAGGAGAGUCCGCCGACGGCAGCCAGCAGCAGCAGUGAGCAGCAGGAGGAGAGUGAUUCCAGCGAAACUGCAGCGGCCAACAAGCGCUGGGUUGAGAUGCAGCUGACGGACAACCAGCUGCGAUAUCCUUACGACCUGGCCGGAGCCGUGCUGGAGGACAUUAAAGAGGAGGAUGGCGAGUUCGAGGUGGGCAGCAGUCGCAUUAGCAGCUUCAAAGACUCCUUCUCCAGCACACCGGAGUACGAUGUUGCAGCUCGUCGCUAUCACUCACGUGGUGAACAUGACGAUGUCUCAAUGAGCAGUCUGCAGGAGUUUGAGUCUCUGGAGCAGGCCAUUUCCCUGGAAAAUCGCAAUCGCACACAUCAAGGCUCCACGGAUUCGAGCAAUGGAAGUUUCACCCGACGCUAUGUGGUUCGUCACAGUGGCAGUGGAACUGCCCCGGGUGACGAUGUCUCUGUCUCCAGUCUCAAGGACUUCGAGGGUCUCGAGAAUGCCUGCAUUGAAGCCCACCUGAUUGAGAUCAAGGCCAGGGAAGAAGCCGCACUACUAUCGCGAUCUGAUGAGUCAAACAAGUCGAAUGCCAGCGACAAAGGAGCCACUGGCAAUAUGGUAGUGACCAAGGUGACCCGCACCGUAACACGCACCGAAGUGGUUCCCUCAAGUCAAGCGGAAAACAUCGAAGCCCUGCUCAAACACAAGUUGGAGCGAGAGGAAGGAUCCACGGUAGUCAAAGUCACCGAUUUAACCACCACUGAAUUGGAACCCAAGUCCAAGAUCGACAGCCAGGACUCCGAGAAGGACAGCAUCGACAGCAUGGAGAUUAGCAAAAGUCACGAUAUGAUGACCAGCAGCAUAGAGAGCUUUGAUAUAUCCAAGGAUGCUACAACGCGAUCCGACAUUGACUCAUUGGAGAUAGAUAAGCGACACUCGCGACAGGAGAGCAUAGAGUCCUUUGGCGACGAGCAGCUGGAUUUGAUGACCAAGUUCGUCAGCGGGGGAGGAGUUACACUAGGAGAUGGCCUCACCACCACCACGACGACAACCACCACCAGCACCGAUGCCGAUGGACAUGAGCACACGGUGACCAGAGUGAUAACCACCACAACGAGCGUGGGUGGUGGUGGCAUACAGGAGCUGCCAAUGGACGAGGCCGGAAUGUCAAAGGACGUUUCGGUGGACUCCCUGAACCUCUGCAUGGAACAGACGACUAGCUCGGCUGGAACCACGGCUACGUACCAGACCAGCGCCGGAAACUCUCAGAUGUCCGGAAGUGUCACGAGUUGCGCCUCCAGUACUCUAAUGGAGGAUUCGUUCCCUGGUGUGGGUGGCAUGUCGUCGUCCCAAAUGUCGGCCAGUUUUUGGUCUCACGAUGAGUCCACGGUGGUCGAGGACGAAGAACACGACCCCACGAAGAAGCAGAAGCAAGGCCAGUAAUCGCUGGAUGGGAUUGGGAGAGAGAAAUGGGAGAAGUCACUCGUAAUCCUAUAUAAAAAUGGGGCUUAAACGGUGACAUAGAAUAUUCGGCUAGAUAAGGCGCUCUUCUAGGGGCAGCACUAGUAAAGGAAUCUCUGGAUGACGGGAAAACGCAUCUUCACCUGCUCCAAACAUCACCGAUUUCAAAUCGAACAGCGAAGGGGAUUUAAUAAUUAGCAAAUUUGACAUUUUCCAUCUACACACAUUUUUAAUGAUAUUGAAGUGCAUACACGAGUUUUUAAAGGCAAAUAUAUAUAUUUUAUAUAUUUAUAAAAACUAUAAAAUUGCAAACAUGAAUACAAACAUGAAUAUGACAGGCAUUAGCCCUUCAACGCAUUUUCUUAUUGGCGUUUAAAAAUUAAUUAAAAUUAAAACAGAAACCGAAACCGAAACCUCUUGUGCUAGAGCGUUGUAAUGGAAUAAACAUUUGCUUAUAAUUUGAUGUAGUUAUUAUAUAUGUACAUGUACGAAGGAUACUUAUUAUUAAAUGAAUCGCUUAUUAUUGUAGUUUAAUUUAAGCAAUUAUACAAACGCAUGUGAAAAGGGGACGUAAUGAAUUAGUCGAAGCCUGGAAAGUGAAAUGCUUUUAAAGUCUCAUUUUUUUACAAGAACCAAGCUAACUUUUUCGCUUGCAUGUUUUAACAGUGAAAUUUACAUAAAUAUACAAUCUGAAAAAUAAUGCAUAGAUCAAAUUUAAAACAUAAACAAAAAGAUAUGACAUUUAUUCACAUAAGAGCUACCACAAACAGCCAUGAAGUGUAUCGCUAAUUUUCGUAAAGCACAUCUUGCGUUAACGAGUAUUCGUCAAAAACCCUAAUUAUUGAAAGGAUUUAAACGUUUUAGCAUCACCACUGUAAUGGAAUAUGAAUAUAAUAAUAUUUGUGUUAAAAACAUACAAGAAAUAUUAAAAAAAAAAAAUAACAUUGUAUUGUAAACCCACACGCGUAUGAAUAACCAAAUAAAAUGCUUAAUACAA